CGUCAACGCCUCUACGCAGUCAUCCCAAUUCACUAGUUCACUCCCCAAGUAACUCCGCCCUCUAAAUCUCACUUCUAACGAGCCCUUUUAACGUCGUUUUCCAGUCAUUCCGAACCUUACGACCCUUACCUCCCCCGUAAUGGCUCCUCAUCCAAUCCCGCUGGUGGAUCGAGUCAAGGUGGAAACCCUAAAACCGCAGCUAUACAGCAACAGAUUGACGACACCGUCGAAUUGGACUCAUUACAGGAUAAGACAGGGCUUCCGCGUGGUGCUAACCGAGUACGGAAGUUACGACUAAGAUUCAUCGAACUCAUGAUUCUCAGGUGGAAAGACAUGAAGAUGCGCAUGAUCAUUGGCGUCGCAGUCAUAAUCAUCAUAAUCAUCAUCGUAGUCAGCAUUGUGAAGGCAACACAUCACUAGGCAGCACGUGGGUUCCCCGUACAUUGCUUAUCCUUACUACCACUGGCCUGUUGGUUGUUGUAUCUAUCCCACCGUAUCGUUAAUUCUUCUGCUUGUUCUCUGUUUUACUUUUUGUUGGCUGCCAUUCACCUACAUUCUUCCAUAGGGCCCUAGUGGGUGAAUUGUGGACCCCGAUACAUAGCUUUCGCUUCGUUAAAUUGUCACUUGUGUUGUGCUUAUGGAUGAUUCAACAUACUGAUUGCUCUGGGCUAGUGCACAGAGCUCUACGGUCUAAAUUCCUUCGCCCUGUUCUCCAGGGAUCGAGUUCCAAAAUCAAGUUUCACUCGUCAGUUAUUCAACAUUGAUAAUCUAACUUGUAGGAUAUGUACAUUAUCCCGGAGUACUUGAAGGUACUUGAAAUCAAACCCAACCCUUAUGAAGUACCGCCGGAGCUUUGCCGACCUCCGGUACUGAGUACUGAAUGACAAUUGCGUCUUCAGUGUA